AUGCAGGACCCAGUAGAGGAGGAAAAGGUGCCAGUCGAGGAGGUGCAGGAGCAAGAAGAAGAGAAGGAAGAAGAGAAGCCAGAGGAUGAAAAGGAAGAGGAAACCGAGGAUAACUCCAACAGUCCGCAUUGGCUCAGAUACAAACAUCUCGAUGGUUAUUACAAUGGUCUGAGGUCGCUUGUGUCAUUCUCGGACUACAAGCCAGAGUACCCUGAAGUAUCAUCUACAGGCAGAGCAUCUGAACCUUCACCUACACCUACUGUUCACCAUUCUAAACAACCCAAGCCCAGUGUAUAUCGUCCUCAUCCAGACUAUGAUUCCGACGAGUAUCAGAAGACAUAUGUUCCUGUGAAGCGAUGCUACAUUGACGAGGAUGAUAAAGUUCCCGCUCCGGACUUAUACGCAUACAGCGGUGUCCCUCAAGGUCAGCCUAAAGCAGCUAUUGGGUCUUACGAUCUCCUAGGCUUGCGAGAAGAUGUCUGCUUCGAUCGCUUUGGCCGGUACGGACCAUAUGGCCUUGGAUAUGACUUGGAGGCUGGCGGGACGGGUGAAGCCCUCGACACCGAGCACGAGGGUAGCGAGGCGGUCUGGGAGAAGACCGGACAGAUCAACUAUGAAGGCGUCGACUGGGGAUCAGCACAAGAGCGUUGCUACGCGGCGAAUGAAGACCGAUUUUUCACUGGUAACGAAACUAGAGAUUUCGAACUGGCUCAGGCUGGCCGUAAGAGACUCGAUCGCAUUGCGAUAGUUGUGCGAACUUACGUCGGAUUCCAGUGGACAAGUCAUGCUUUACUCAAUUUCCGUGCCAUGAUCAAUGAGCUUAGCCUACGAUCUGGUGGUGAGUAUGAUAUUCACUUUCUUUUACAUGUUCGUGACAACAACGCACCUAUCUGGGCGGAUCCGACCACGGUCCAGAACAUCCUCGAUAUCAACGUUCCUCCCGAGUUCCACGGACUCUGUACUCUUUGGUCUGAAGCUCAGAUGAAACUGUACUAUCCGGGUAACUUUGGCGAUACCUUUGAAAACCCAUCCAACGGUGAUAUCCAUGGGGUUUACAGAUCUGCACACAUGCCGCUUCAGCAUUUUGCGAUGAUGCAUCCUGAGUAUGCCCACUUUUGGAACUGGGAGAUGGAUAUGCGCUGGACCGGAUCGUAUUACGAGUUAUUCGAUAGGCUUGGCAAGUGGGGUGCGGACCAAAGCCGAGAAGGUAUGUGGGAACGGGCAAGCAAGUAUUAUAUUCCCGGAUUGCACGGCAACUGGGACAACUUCACGGAGCUCUCGUUUUCACUGGUAAAUCCGGCCUCGAACAAGGAGAAGUAUUCUUACCAUCAAGCUGUGCGAGUGGAUCAGAUAUGUCGCAAAUGCGGAGUUGGCGAGGACGCGGACCUCAUCACACUUAACCCGCUUUUUGAUACCGACAACUCUGGUUGGGUGUUCGCUGGGGAUGUGACCGGCUACGACACGCAGUAUGAGAAGCCUCCGCGAAGGUGCGCUAUUGUAACUGCUUCUCGAUUGUCGCGUCGCCUGUUGAGAGUGAUGCAUGAGGAAACAUGGCGCCUACACCAUAGUAUGUUUAGCGAGAUGUUCCCGCCUUCGAUGGCAUUGCACCAUGGUCUCAAAGCUGUAUAUGCCCCUCACCCGGUUUACUUGGACCGAAAGUGGCCUCAGGAGGAAAUUGAAAAGGCUUUCAAUGGUGGCCAAGACCACACUUCAGGCGGCCAUGGCUCCCCAUUCGAUCUAACAAACGAGCAUAACCAUAAGGGGACGAGCUGGUACUACAAUAGUGAAUUCGCCGGUUUGUUGUGGCGUCGCUGGCUUGGUUAUGCUCAGAUGGAUGGCAGAGGCAAUAAUGGUGGUCGUGCCGGCGAAGGUACCAAGAGAGGCGGACGGAAGGAGGAAGAGAACCCAAAGAACUCUGGCCGACUAUGCCUACGGAGCAUGCUCGUACAUCCCAUCAAGUGGGAAAACCCUGCCGAGCAGGAGUAA